AUGACACAUAAAUACGUUUAUAUUCAGGUACGCGUACGUUUAUUUAUACAACUAACGAUCUUUUUGGGUUUGUUUUUCCCCACAGACUACAGCCAGACAGCGACGCAGAGUUACGGGGCAUACCCAACCCCGCCGGGGCAGGGCUACUCACAGCAGAGCAGCCAGCCCUACGGCCAGCAGAGCUACAGCGGCUACAGCCAGUCGACUGACACCUCUGCUUACGGCCAGAACAGCUACAGCUCCUCCUAUGGCCAGACCCAGAGCAGCUACAGCACCCAGUCAACCCCCCAAGCCUACGGCAGCACCAGCGGCUACGGCAGCGGGCAGAGCUCGCAGACCUCCUACGGGCAACCCUCCUCCUACCCCAGCUAUUCCCAGCCGCCGGCGGCCAGCUCCUCCACUGGCAGCUAUGGGAGCAGCUCGCAGAGCUCUAGCUAUGGCCAACCUCCAAGCGGCGGCUACAACCAACAGUCGAGCUACAGCGGACAGCAGCAGAGCUACAGCCAGCAGUCCUCCUACAACCCGCCCCAGAGCUACAGCCAGCAGAGCCAGUACAACAGCGGGGGCAGCAGCGGAUCCAACAGCUAUGGUCAGGAACAGUCGUCCAUGAGCGGCGGUGGCGGUUACCAGGAGCAGAGCGGCUACGGCGGCGGACAGCAGGAGCGGAGCCGCGGCCGGGCCGCUUUUUGGGGCGGUGAGAGCGGUGGUGAGCGUGGUGGCUUCAAUAAAUUCGGUGGACCCCGGGACCAAGGGCCGCGGCAUGAUCCUGGCGAGCAGGAUAACUCUGACAACAACACCAUCUUCGUGCAGGGGCUGGGCGAGAACGUCACCAUCGAGUCGGUGGCCGACUACUUCAAGCAGAUCGGCAUCAUUAAGACAAACAAGAAGACGGGGCAGCCCAUGAUCAACCUCUACACGGACCGGGAGACGGGCAAACUGAAGGGGGAGGCCACCGUCUCCUUCGAUGACCCCCCCUCGGCCAAAGCCGCCAUCGACUGGUUCGACGGCAAAGAAUUCUCCGGCAACCCCAUCAAGGUGUCCUUCGCCACCCGCCGCGCCGACUUCAACCGCGGCGGAGGGGGCGGCCGGGGCGGCCGCGGCCGAGGAGGCCCCAUGGGACGAGGCGGUUUUGGCGGCGGCAACAGCGGUUCCGGCGGGGGCAACCGGGGCGGUUUCCCCAGUGGCGGCGGCGGCCAGCAACGCGCCGGCGACUGGAAAUGUCCCAACCCGUGA